UGGUCAGCUGACCACCACGGACGGUGACGUGGAGCUGAGCAUGUAACCAGGAAGCAGCAGCUCAGGUUUCAUCAUGCUAACAGGAGAUCCCAAUGAUGAAGACGUGUCUCUGUUUGAUGCCGAGGAGGAUGCAGGGAAAAAGUCAAAGUCAAAUAUUAAGCAUCCGGUGGCGACGUUCUUCCACCUCUUCUUCAGAGUUAGCGCCGUCUGCGUGUAUCUGCUCUGUGGAUUCUACAGCAAAAGCUUCAUCGCCUGCAUGGUCACCAUUAUCCUCCUGCUGUCAUGUGACUUCUGGACAGUGAAGAACAUCACUGGGAGGCUGAUGGUGGGUCUGAGGUGGUGGAACCAGGUGGACGACGACGGACGGAGCCACUGGGUGUUUGAGUCGAGGAAGCGUUCUGGGAAACAGCAGGCGUCAAACUCGGAGUCACGGAUCUUCUGGCUUGGCCUCAUCGUUUGUCCCAUUCUCUGGGUCAUCUUCGUCUUCAGCACCUUGUUCUCCUUCAAUAUUAAAUGGCUGCCGGUCGUGAUCAUGGGUUUGGUGCUGCAAGGAGCGAAUCUCUACGGAUACGUCAAAUGUAAAGUCGGAGGGAAGACCGACCUGAAGAACAUGGCCACCAAUUAUUUUGGCCGACAGUUCCUCAAACAGGCGCUGUCCAAAGAAGAGGAAUCGUAGAGAACCUCUGCGAUGUGAACUCGUCUGCAUUAUUCUCAAUGCUAUAAUAUCUGUUGUUUUAGCAGGAGGACGCGUAGAGACUAACCUUUUUUUGUUUUUUUUCAGUUGAAGUUUUUGAUUAUUUGAUUUCCUUUCUCUUGUAAAGUGACUCGGUAGAAGUUUCUCAGACGUCUGGAAGCUGUUUAAUGACUGAAGUCCAGCAAUAAACUUUGCUUCAGCAGAAAUGCAUGAAUGAAACAAAAGGUGGAAUUAAACGGAGAGUAGUUUGUGUCGUAGCUCCCUCAGACAUCCUGUUUGUUUUGUGUUUUCAUGGCCUCUAACGACUUUAUAGAAUUAAACUCGUGUUUCUGGGAGGGCUUAUGCAAAUACUUCAGUUUGUAUAAGAGACUGUGUAAAGAGGUUUUGUAAAUAUGUAAGUAAAGAAACUUAUGUGGAACUUCAUCUUUUGUGCAAAUACAUUUCUAACAAUUUUA